AUGGAAGCUAAAGAUUCUUCUAAGAUGGGGGACACGAACAGUACUACAGAGCCAAUCAAAAACGAUGAGGUCGUUACCAACAAUCAAUCCAACACACCCAGUAAUAUUGCGAGUCUCGUACGAGUCACCAAGGAAGAGAAAGCGAAUUCUGAAAUCGAAAAGGACAAGGAUGGAUCAAAUAGUGACUCUCUGAAAAGCAAAAUCAAAAGAAGUAGAGCUGACGAGAAAAGAAUGCCUAACAUUGCCAUGGAAUUGGCGAAAAACCGAACCACGGUGAAAAGUCAAUCCCCUUCCCCGUUAGGUGGAUCGUUGGGUGUAUCCUCCAUACCAUUAUCAUCUCUUCUUUCGUCGGAUCCGGCUCAAAACGUCACCCCGGAGAACAUAGCACACCUAUCCAAAGCUGACACCGAUUUCCAGCGCACGACUCUUAGUGCGACAUCGAAACUUAAAGUUUCCUCGCUGUUGUCAGACGCACUUGCGCCAGAGUUAUCAAACUACGAACCAGGAACUGAAACGUCCAAAAACGCCGCUCCAAGGGUUAUAUUACCGACACAGGGUCUUGCAAACACUAUAAAGGAACAAGAUAUGCCAGGAACUGUGGUAGCACGCACAAAAUCACCUAUUAGCAUAUUUGGAAAAGGAAUAUCAGUCCCCGACGCGAUUUCAAGAAGUUCGAGCACUUUGAGUUCGUCUACACAACCAGUUCCUGUGAUCCCGGCCAAACGGAUGCAAUCAGCACCCGUGGGAGAGAAGAAGUCACCAGCCAAGAAGCAAAAUACUCGGAAAGGUAGUGAAAAUGGAGAAAAUAGCAAGAAGGAAAUUUCAAAUUCAUCAGAAACCGCUAAGAAGCCGGUCGCGCGCAGCAAUGCGAAAACGAAAGACGCUAGAAAUACCACAAAAAGCACUGAUUCUAAGAAGGAAUGGACCACUGAAUUGAAGGAGCCAAAGAAGGAGGUAAGCAAGAAGGAGACUAAAAAAGAUGGUAAGAAGGAGAUCAAAGCAACCGCUGCCGAAAAACAGCCUCCUAAGAGUUCCGACAAGAAGAAAGAUGUCAAGACGAAUGAAAACAAGAAGGAGAACAAGAGUGGAAAAAAAGCUAGCGUCAAUUCAAAGAAGAAGGAUGGUACACCUCAGCCAGGCAAAAAAGUAGGAGAGAAUAAGUCCCCUCCAUUCUCUCCAGCCAAACUUGUGCCUGCACCAACCAUAAAACCACCAACAAUUUUAGACGCACUUGAUCAGCCGAAGGAGUCUACAGAGACGGAAGAACCCAUCAUUGUGGUCGAAGUCCCUCUUUUUAGCUCCGAGGGUAACGAUUAUUUAGAUGAAAAUGGUCAAGUUGUCUUGAAUCUUCACAAAUUGAUACAAGACAAGUUCGGUAAACACAGCAAAGCGAAAAGAGCUAUGUUGCCUGAAAUUAAUGACAAUGAUGAUGAUGAUGAUGAUGAUGACGUUGCUGAGGUAGAGGAUGAUGACGGCGUAGAUGAAGAUGAUGAAGAAGAAGAUGAUGACGAUGACAGAAUUGGGGUAACUAAGUCUCCAAAGAAAAAGACUCAUCCAAUGAAGGGCAAAAGCUUGAUAGGGAAAUACGACACUGAAGAUCCUUUCAUUGACGAUUCGGAGCUUCUGUGGGAAGAGCAGCGUGUAGCAACAAAAGAUGGUUUCUUUGUUUAUUAUGGCCCGCUGAUUGAAAAGGGACAGUACGCCAGUUUUGAAAGGGUUAAUGGGACAAUGAAGAGAGGGGGUAUUAAGUACACAAAGUAA